AUGCUAGAAAGGAAAAAGCAGAGGGGAAAGGAAAAGUGCAAGGAAGAAGUAGAAAAAGCGAUCGAAGCUGGAGAUGAUGGUUUAGAGAACGAAGCGUUAAAGUAUGGAGGAGAAGAGGUCGGGGAAGGCCUGUGGCAAAACCGCAACAAGGUAUGGAAUGGAGAAGGGUGGCCAGAAGACUGUUUGACAGGGCUGGUGGUACCACUUGUCAAGAAAGGGGAGGGAAAGAAGCGCGAAUGGAAGGGGAAGCCAACUGUCGACGUCGUCGGAACUCGAUCCAAGGUGUCAGAAAGAAUAAAACUUGCAACAUUUUUAAAGCUCAGAUGCGAAAUCACAGAAUUAUUUUCCACCGAGGAUAAAAAUCUGUUUUACACCCCAUGCUGUACGGAACCUGGAAACGAGUGUUCAAGUGCGAGAGGUUCUCUAUACAAUUACUACAAAGUUGUAAGAAAAGAUUUAAGAACGGCUGGAAUUUUGUUAGAAGAUUCUCACAAACUUAAAAACAGUGCUGACGAAAGGACCGAUCAAAUGGAUAACAGUGUAGACUGUUCAACUGAUCGUAAUCGACAAAGGUAUACGCUACCGCAGACAGUACAAUCGUGGGAGGAAACUCACAGAGAACGCGACAAACUAUUGUCGCGAAAAGAAAAAAAUACCAAACCCGUUAUCUUGGCCUGAUUAUCGGCAAAGAUAUUAUAAACGUAGAU